AUGGAAACCGCAGGCGAUUCAGGUACCUCGUCCACAUCUCCUUCCUCUCCUGGUUAUGCUUCCUCUUCUUCUCCAUCGCCUCCUUCCUCUUCCUCCUCUUCGUCCUCUUCUUCUCCAUCGCCUCCUUCCUUUUCUUCCUCUUCGUCCUCUUCUUCUCCAUCGCCUCCUUCCUUUUCGUCCUCUUCGUCCUCUUCUUCUCCAUCGCCUCCUUCCUCUUCCUCCUCUUCGUCCUCUUCUUCUCCAUCGCCUCCGCCUCCUUCCUCCUCCCCCUCUUCUUCUCCAUCGUCUCUUUCCUCUUCUUCCUCUUCUUCCUCUUCUCCAUCGCCUCCUUCCUUUUCUUCCUCUUCUUCCUCUUCUUUUUCUUCUUCUCCAUGGCCUCCUUCCUCUUCUUCCUCUUUUCCUUCUUCCUCCGUACCGCUGUAUGUGGCAUUUGCGAGUCAAACUGGCACUGCAGCAGAGGCGGCGCGCGAUCUCGGGCGAGAGAUGCUUCUUCUUUGGCAAAAGGAAAACGAAAAAAAAGUGUCUUCUUCCUCGCCUUCUCUCCCUCCGCCGGCAGUUGUCAGUGCCGAGGAUCUUCUUCUUCUUCCCGCCUUUCGUCGCCUGGCCGCCGCCUCGCCCCUCUCGCCAAAAACGCGGACAGCGCCCACAGAGAACCUCGCGCACGGCGAACGAGAAGAUGCCGUCGUGGUAUUUGUCGUCGCAACUACAGGCUACGGCGAAAUGCCCGAAAAUGCGCAGAAAUUCUGGCGGCUGCUGCUUCGCGCCUCUCUUCCACCAAACCUCCUCACGAAUCUCAAGUUCGCGAUCUUCGGCCUGGGCGAUCGGCUGUACAGACAAUUCAACUUUGCAGCGCGCAAGCUGCAAAUGCGACUGAAACAACUCGGUGCACAGGAAUUCUACAGAAUUGGUUUAGGAGAUGAUCAACACGACUUUGGCUACGAAGGCGAAUUUGACCCGUGGAUUGCCGGCCUUCUCCCGUCCCUUCUGUCUCUCUAUUGCCCGUCGACUGCUUCGUCUCCAUCUUCUCCCGCGUCGCCCACAGAAGACCAGCGCCUUCCGCCUUGUCUUUACAGCGUGCGCGUCUUGCCAGAGCAGACAGCGGACGCGAGACUGGGCACAGACGAACAGGCUCCGCUCCUGGAAGCGAAAGCAGCGGCAAGUCCACCGAGACACACGACCGCUCAGGAUGGACAGAGGGAAGCAGCACUUUUCGCGUCUCCGUUGAUGAAGGAAAUUGAUGAGAAGCGCAUCUCUGAGACGGCGCAAGACCAAAUGAAGCGGGGCACAGAUAUCGUUGGCCGCGUCGUUUCGAACAGACGCCUGACGCCGGCGUCACACUUCCAGAAAAUCCACCUUCUUCAGUUGGCCGUGCCUCGCCGCCUCGUGCGUGAAGCGUUCGCUGAUCCGUGCGGCGGGGCUGUCGAAGCCGGCGAGCGCGACGCAUCCGAGGAAAGUGCACACGCGAGCUGGCGUCUCGUCCCCGGCAGCGUCUGUUCGAUCUCUCCGCUGCUGCCGCCGCGCCUCACGCACGCCUUCCUCGACGCGAUGAAUCUUCCGGCGCAUGCACGCCUGGAGAUUCGGCCCAACCGCGCUCUCGCCGCCCUCGGGGGGGACGGAGAGUCUCCGGAGACGGAAAGAGAUGUCAAGGCCAGGGGCGAAACGCACGACAGCUCAGCGGCAGGCGAAGGACGACGCGCAGGCGACGGCGGCGUGGUGGUCCGUGCGUGGGAUCUGUUUACUCAAGUUGUCGACGUCUCGGGAAGGCCCUCGAGGUUUCUUCUCAAACUUCUGGCGUCGUGGAUCUCACAGCCCCUGUUGAAGGAGAAGCUCUUGUUCCUUUCUUCUCGGUCGCUCGAAGCGAAAGACGAAUUCUGUGCGUACUGCCGAGACGAACGCCGAACGAUCGCCGAAGUGUGUUGGGACUUCUCCUGCAAUGCCACCAGAGCGUCUUCUUCCCCUGUUUCCCUGGCCUCGGCGCCGUUGUCAGACAUUGUCAGCGCCCUGCCGCUGAUUCAGCGUCGGAAAUACUCCAUUGCGAAUUUCGUGUCUGUCUCGCCCGCGAAGAAUGCAGGGAAGAGGCCGCAGGGAGAGAAUGGAUCGACGGCAGAAAAGAAUUCAGACGCCUCUGGAAGCGGAGAAAGCGGAAAGGUGGAAGGCGUCCGGUGGCUUCUUGCCUCGCCGUUCCUUCUUCGCAUGCGUGCGCCGGCACUCUUUCUCUGGCUCGGCGCCGAGAGUCGCGCGCGGUGUAUCGACACCCUGGUGGCAGCUGAGGAACGAGCGGGCGGCGAGGCGACGGCUGCAGGCCAGGACGAGGAAUUGCUGGUGGAGAUGUGCUACGCAGUCGCAGAGGCGGAAACGGUCUCCAUGCGGCGCUGCGUGGGAGUCUGCUCCUCUUUCCUCUCUGAGCUGCCGGUCGGCUGCGUGAUUCCCUUUUCGAUAGAGCCUUCGAAGCUGCCACCGUGUUUCUUCGACUUGAAAACGCGCCUGAUCCUCAUUUCUCCGGGGACGGGCGUCGCGCCAACUCGCGCGCUCGUUCAGCAGCGCCACGCCGCCUGGCUGGCCGCCGCGGAGCGAGCAAAGGCCGAAGCGGUCCCGGCGCGAGACGCGGGAACCCGCGCAAAUCUAGAGCGCGCUUCCGCGUUCGGCGACGAACGACUUGCCGAAAAGGCCGGGAGACGCGAACGGGAUCUCGUGUUUCUCGGCUUUCGACACGAGCAAGCAGACUUCCUCUUUGCAGAUGAGUGGGACAUGUUCACGCCCUGGAUCGACGUCCACGUGGCCUUCUCGCGGGAUGGGGUGUACAGACACCUCAGUCGAGACCCGACAACAAAUGAGCCGAAGGCGACAACUCGCCGCCUUGGAGACAAAAAGAAAAUCUACGUCCAAGACCUGCUUGAGGAAACCAGUGAAGAAGUCGCUUCGCUCUUGAUUGAGUCCGACGCCGCCGUGCUGAUCAGUGGCCGAGCACAUCCCAUGCCCAGUCAGGUGGAAGACAUUCUCGUCGAGAUUCUCGAAAAGCAAGGAGGACUCUCCACAGAUGCCGCCAGGCGGUUUCUCGCCGACAAAAAACGAAGAAAAAGAUACUUCUGCGAUACCUGGGGUUAA